AUGGCCAAAGCUCUCCUCCUCCUGUCUCUUCUCGGCCUUGUCCACGCGCAGACUUAUACGGGCUGCCACACCCACGGCAGCACCGAGUACUGCUUUGGCCCAGAUGGGAAGGAAACCCCGUUUCCUACGCCGACCCCGGCUUCCAAGACGGUUCCGGCAACCACCGCCGCCAGCACGACCACCUCUGCUCACGCCUCCGCCGUGACGGGAUGCCACAGCCACGGCAGCGAGGUGUUCUGUAUCGACGGAGAUGGUCAUGAGGUGCAAGUGGUCCUGGCGUCGACGCCGACGGGGGAGCUGCCAGCCCAGUACACGGGAUGCCAUUCGCAUGGUGGAGAAACAUUCUGCAUGGAUCUCGAGGGAAACGACGUCCAGAUCAUCGAAGAAGGGGGUUCGACGACAGCUUCCUCAUCUAGCUCGAGUGGGGGAUCACACUCGGGGUCGAAGGAGGGCAUGAACUGUCACUUCCACGCGGGUGUUGAACACUGCGUGGGUGCAGGAGAAUCCGAAAGCAAAAGCAGCCAAAAAUCCUGCGGAGUCCGAAGCCGCGACUACGACGUCCCCCUGCGCAUCGGGACCCUGUUCGUCGUGCUCGUCACCAGCUCCAUCGGCGUGUUACUGCCCAUGCUCCUGGUCAAGCUGCCCUCUGCCAAGGUAAACGGAGUCGUCUCAACGGUGAUCAAGCAGUUCGGAACGGGCGUUAUCCUCUCCACUGCAUUCGUGCAUCUCUACACGCACGCCAACCUCAUGUUCACCAACGAGUGCCUCGGCGAACUCGAAUACGAAGCGACCACUUCUGCCGUCGUCAUGGCCGGCAUCUUCCUCUCCUUCCUCUUCGAGUACAUCGGGCAUCGCAUCAUGCUCGCCCGCGGGAAGCGGUCCGCGUCACCCUGUCCCGAGCAGACCUGCGAAGCAUCCCCGUCUCCAACCGGCAAAGAACCACCCUCCGUCCAACCGCAGCAACCGACCCUCGCCGCCCUGGGCCACCACCACGGGCCUCCCCUUGACCCCACAAACCCCAACACCAAGCUCUCCGUGCUCGUCAUGGAAGCGGGCGUGAUCUUCCACAGCAUCCUGAUCGGGCUGACCCUCGUGGUGGCGGGCGACUCGUUCUACAAAACACUGCUGGUGGUUAUUGUGUUCCAUCAGUUCUUCGAGGGGCUGGCGCUUGGAGCGCGGAUCGCGCUGCUGCCAGGCCGGCUGAUCGGGUCUAAGGGGGUGAUGGCAGCUGCAUUUGCGGUGAUCACGCCGGUGGGCAUGGCGAUCGGGCUGGGGGUGUUACAUUCGUUUAAUGGGAACGAUAAGAGCACGCUUGUGGCGCUGGGGACGUUGGACGCGCUCUCGGCGGGGGUUCUGGUGUGGGUUGGGCUGGUCGACAUGUGGGCUCGGGACUGGGUGAUGGAGGGCGGAGAGAUGAUGAAUGCUAGGAUGAGCAGUGUGGCUGUUGGAGGUCUCUCGCUGAUUGCGGGGAUGGUGUUGAUGGGGCUGUUGGGGAAGUGGGCAUAA